CGUCAGCCAGACCGGUGGCUGCGGCAGGGCGCUGACGGUGCCCCACAGCUUUCCCUUCGCUGCUGGUGCUCCCGCCGCCCUGCCUCUGCUGCUCUUCAGGAGUUGCAGCAGCCUCACCGUCUCAUUAUAUGGGGAAAGCAGCGCUCCCUCCCCCGCCACAGACCCUGCUUUUGCCUCCUCCCUGGAGCGGCGCUGGGCAAAGGAUGGUGUUGCUGACGGCGCCUCCGCCGCCGCCGCCUCCCCGCUGCCCCACAGCAAAGUGAAUGACUGGAGCCCGCCAACUUGGGAAGAGGCACACCAGCAGGCGGCUGGCUGGAAAAGGUGGCGGCGGCAGCAGCGGCGGCGAGGGCGGGAAGACCCCUUUGGGUCGGUCUGACGGGCUGCGGGAGCCGCGAUUCCGUGGGGUGGCAGUAGCAGGAGCUUGGAGCGGGGAGACGACGCCUGGCCCAGGCCCAAAUGUCAACAUGACUAAGAACUGACCAGGAAUCUUAAGAUUUUACCCAAACAUCUGGCACGUGGAAGGCGUAAAGGGUCCAAAGAUUGUUCAUCCUCUUGUGCAACCAUGGCAGAUCCUUCAGCGGAGGUGCCCUUUUCUAUCAUGACACAACCAGGUCUGAUUGAGUCCACAGCCAUGAGCGAACCUCAGUGCUACUACAAUGAAACCAUUGCCUUCUUCUAUAACAGAAGUGGGAAGUAUCUAGCCACGGAAUGGAACACUGUGAGCAAGCUGGUGAUGGGCCUUGGGAUUACAGUAUGCGUCUUCAUCAUGCUAGCCAACCUCCUAGUUAUGGUGGCUAUCUAUGUCAACCGGCGUUUUCACUUUCCUAUUUAUUACCUAAUGGCUAACUUAGCUGCUGCUGACUUCUUUGCAGGGCUGGCAUAUUUCUACCUAAUGUUUAAUACGGGACCCAACACUAGAAGAUUGACUGUAAGCACCUGGCUUCUUCGUCAGGGUCUCAUUGACACUAGUCUGACAGCCUCUGUUGCCAACUUACUGGCCAUUGCCAUUGAGAGGCACAUCACUGUUUUCCGCAUGCAGCUACAUACACGGAUGAGUAAUCGGCGAGUGGUGGUGGUCAUUGUGGUCAUCUGGACUAUGGCUAUAGUCAUGGGUGCUAUACCAAGCGUGGGCUGGAAUUGCAUCUGUGACCUUGCUCACUGCUCCAACAUGGCACCACUCUAUAGUGACUCUUACUUGGUUUUCUGGGCUAUUUUCAACCUGGUCACCUUUGUCGUUAUGGUGGUCUUGUACGCUCAUAUUUUCGGAUAUGUGCGGCAGAGGACUAUGAGAAUGUCUAGGCAUAGUUCUGGGCCACGUAGAAAUCGGGACACCAUGAUGAGCCUUCUGAAGACUGUGGUCAUUGUGCUUGGUGCUUUUAUAAUCUGCUGGACUCCAGGAUUAGUUUUGUUGCUCCUUGAUGUUUGCUGCCCACAAUGCAACGUUCUGGCGUAUGAGAAGUUCUUCUUGUUGCUUGCUGAGUUCAAUUCUGCCAUGAACCCCAUCAUCUACUCCUACCGGGACAAGGAAAUGAGUGCCACCUUCAAGCAAAUUCUUUGCUGUCAACGCACAGAAAGUGCUAAUGGCCCCACAGAAGGCUCUGACCGGUCUGCCUCCUCACUCAAUCACACCAUCUUGACUGGAGUACACAGUAAUGAUCACUCCGUGGUUUGAAGAGGAACUGAAAGAUUUUUUUUUCAAAAAGAAAAAAAAAUCAUUUUAAGCCCACACAUCAGAAUUUAGUGUUGGGCUGAUAACUAGUUACGAAACUGUUGACAACAUUACUUGGGGGUAGGGUCAGAGUCUCUGAAGCAAAGAAAAAUAAUAAACUUACAAGCUCUUCUUUAAUCACUAAUGGAUGAUAGUAGUACUUAUUCACCAGUGCCCAGACCACAAAACUAUCCAAACUAAAACCUCAUUCUCUCUCUCUCUCCCUCUCCCCCUCUCCCUCUCCUUACCCCCCCCCUUCAUCUCUUUUCUGAAAUUAGAGAAUUACCUGCU